ACGGUGGCCGGAGCACGGCGAGCCGGAAGACAUGCAGGCGGCCGGUCACGUAUACACGCACGCGGCUUAAUUCUCUACCUAUAUUUGAACACCGCGUUAUGCAUGUCCCCCCGCCUCCCGCGCGGAUUAAACCACUCCUCGCUAUUUUUACAAAGAGGAAACGUUAAUCAAGCGAUCCGGCGAACAGAUUUUAGCAAGGCGGCAGCGGCAGGACAACGCACGCCGGCCGGAGCUAGGGGAAGCUAUCAGCUCUUGCAGCUUCCGUUGAAUCCUUCCAAUCAAGGGCCCGGCGAUCGAGCUGCUCAGGGAGCUCCAUUGAUCGAUCGAUCGAGCUACCAGGGCUCCGGCCAUGGGGUCCUCCAGCCAGGCCGCCGUCCUGGCCAUGUUGCUCCUCAUUUCCUCCUCCACAGCCCAGGCCUCCUUCUUCGACCCGUUCAACAUCUUCCGCGCGGGGGACUUCUUCGGCGACGAGCCCACGCCCCCGACGCGCUCAGAACGCGAAGAAACUGGCGCGUCGGCGGACACCAUGGGCCUCACCAAGGUCCCCCCCACGGGCGACCCCAGCAAGGUCUCCCAGGACACCAUCGUGCUCCCCGUCGACACCGACGACGACAAGCCGGACGGCGCGUGGUCCAUCGUGAGCGACAACUCGGGCGUGUCGGCCAUGCACAUGGCCGUCAUGCGGCACGGCCGCGCCGUCAUGUUCGACACCUCCACCACGGGCCGGUCCCUGAUGCGGCUCCGACAGGACAACUGCCGCGUCGACCCUCGCGCCAAGAAGCCCGGCACCGCCGACUGCUGGGCGCACGCCGUGGAGUUCGACUACGCCCGCGGCGCCAUCCGGCCGUUGAAGAUCCUCACCGACACCUGGUGCUCCUCCGGCGCCUUCGACGCCGACGGCAACCUGGUCCAGACUGGGGGAUACUUCGACGGCGACAAGGCCGUCAGGUACCUCAGCCCGUGCUCGAAAUGCGACUGGAAGGAGCACCCGAGAAGCUUCGCGGACGGGCGGUGGUACGCGACGCAGCAAGUGCUCCCCGACGGGAGGUUCAUCGUGUUCGGCGGCCGCCGGUCCUUCAGCUACGAGUUCGUCCCCAAACCCGGGCUAACCAACCAUCAAUCCAUCCCGCUUCCAUUCUUGCGAGAAACCACAGACGACGUGGAGAACAAUCUUUACCCCUUCGUCAACCUCCUGCCGGACGGGAGCCUCUUCGUGUUCGCCAACGACAGGGGGAUCAUCCUCGACCACAGGGCCGAGCUCGUCAUCCGCGAGGUCCCGCCGCUUCUCGGCGGUGCCAGGAACUACCCCGGGUCAGCCAUGUCGGCGCUCCUCCCGCUUGACCUCCGCAACAAGCUCCACGGGGCGGACCCGGAGCCCGAGGUGAUCAUCUGCGGGGGCGCGCCGAAGACGGCGUUCAAGGUGGGCGAGAACAACACGUUCCUCCCAGCGCUCAAGGACUGCGCCCGGAUCAACCUGGCGAACCCGGGCUCCCGGUGGGCCGUGGAGGACAUGCCCGUGGGCCGGGUCAUGGGCGACAUGCUCAUCCUCCCCACGGGGGAUCUCCUCAUCCUCAGCGGCGCCGCCAGGGGUUGCUCGGGCUGGGGCUUCGCCAGGCAGCCCGUGCUCACGCCGCUGCUCUACACCCCUCACGCGCCCAUGGGGACCCGGUUCAGGCCCCUCGUGGCGUCCACCAUUGCUAGGGUUUACCACUCCACGGCGGCGUUGCUCCCGGACGCGACGGUGCUCGUGGCCGGGGGGAACACGAACGCGGCGUACAACUUCAGCGGGGUCGACUUCCCCACCGAGGUCCGGGUCGAGCGGUUCGCGCCGCCGUACCUGGACCGGGCGCUGGCGGCGAACCGGCCUGUAAUCGACGCGCUGUCGAUGCCCGGCGACGGGAUGCGGUACGGGGCCCGGUUCGCGUUCCGGUUCACCACGCCGGUGGAGCCCGUUGUGGAGGCGGAUGUCAAGGUCACCAUGUACGCGCCGCCGUUCACGACGCACGGGUACUCCAUGAACCAGAGGUUGCUGGUGUUGUCUAUGAGCUUGUUCGUGGCGAAUGGGUUGGGAUACGCUGUGACUGUUGACGCGCCCGGGAAGCCUGAGCUCGCGCCGCCUGGGUUUUAUCUCCUCUUUGUUGUCGCUAAGGACGUGCCCAGCGCCGCCGCCUGGGUCAAGAUCCAGUAG